ACCGUUAGUAGUUCAGCGAGUACACCGACUACGCGAAGAAAUGUAAACUUUGGCGUCCGGGAGCGUCUCCGAACUUGAUUGACGAGCGUGAGCAUGCGAUUUGGGAACAACAGCGAGGCAAGGAGGGGCCGACGUAGCGUUCCUUCGUAAAUCCUCGACAGCUACAAAGGUUGGGGUUCCGUGAACGAUCUCUUACGAAGCGUGAACGUGCUUCUGUGUCCGGAUGGGUUACCUCCCGUCUGGCACGAUCCGUCUGUCGCGAGUGUAGAAGAAUGUCGUGAGACACUGACCCCAGAAGCUCGUUUGCCGAUACCUUCCUCGAGGUAAAUGCCAUUAUCAUCGAGCAAGCCUCGCCCGAACGACGCUGCGGUGGACCAUGGAGUUGAGAAGCAACGAGAGAUCGCGAUACGAGCGGUCCAAGAAGGCGUUGGAGACCUGCGAGAAGCUUCGCGGCAAAUCUACGUAUUUCCGCGAUUCAGACGAGAGGCCGCAGAAACUGGACGCGAGCAUCAAGCAGCGGGACAAGUUGGCGCAGGAACUGGUGGCGGUACGAUCGGAUUUAGCUGGCAUCAGGAGAAGCUUGGCCGAAGCUGCGGAAUCUGACGCUGCAAUGGGAUCAGGAGGAUCUCCGUACUUUGAGUACAAGUUUCCCAAGCAGUCGGAAAAAUUGUCCAAGGAGAAGAUGGAGCUGCAGGCAAAGCUGGAUGAGAAAAAGAAAGAAGCCCAGGAGAAGCAGAAGAGAAUACUUGACCUGCAGGACAAGGUCAGGGAGUUUUCUCAGAUGGUGUCUCAAAUGGAGGAGAAGACGCGGCGAUUGGAAACUUCCAACAAGGAGAGGGACAUAUUUGAGAAAGAACUGAUAGCCACAAGAUCAGAAUUGGCGGGCGUUAAGAGGAUGUUAGAACUUGAACGGCAAGAGAGGAGGGAGCUGGAGACUCAAGCGCUUGAAUUAAUAAGAGACACUAAGCGCAAGUGGGAGAAUGAGGAGAAAGAGAAGAUCGCAAAAUUCAACAAGCGUAUCGAGGAACAGACUACAAAGAUUACAGAACUGAGCAUGAGCAAUCAUGAGUUGAGCUCACGUCUGCAGAGAGCAGAGGGCGAACUGGAGACUGCAAACGCAGAAUUAGCUAAACUGCGUGUAUUUCAGGCACAGUAUAAGGAAUCCUUGGCGAAAACACGUGCGUUAAACAGACAAAGUGUACAAGGUGUAGAAAUUAAGUUAGAGGAGAUGGCCACGCGUGCUCACAAUCAGCUGGCCGAUUUGCGAGCGAAAUUGGACUUUGAGGCACAGAAAAACACAGAUCUCGAGACUAAAUUACGAAACGAGCAGGACUCGAACCACUGUCGCGAGUCGAGACUAAAUGUUGCUCUAGAACUCGCGCAAAACGAAUUAAGAGACUGUCAGGAACAAUUGCGUACCAUACAAGCUACAUUACCAGCCAGAGAUGUCGAGAUGGAGGCUUUACGUAAACAACUGCAAGAGAGGGCAAGACAGAUAGACGAUCUGAAAUCGUCAGAGCAAAUACUUACAACUAUGGAAGAGCAAUUAGAAAGAGCGAAUCUUGAAAAUGAACAAUUGAAGCAGCAAUUACAAGCUACCAAGACUGAUUUAAAUGAAACCAUGAUGAAUUUGCAGCAGAGUGAAGCGCUUGCUGUAAAUUUGGAGCAGGCAGCGCAGGAUAAGGCUACGUUGCAAAAGAGAUUGAAGGAUUCUUUGGUAAAGGAGGAGGAACAAUUGCGCAAAGUUUGCAAUUUAGAGGGAUUGCUGAAACGGUUGGAGCACAGUGUUACAAAGUUGGAAGCAGAGAACGCUAGUCUCAAACAAUUGGAUGAAGCACCAGCGGCAACUCGCGCAGCAGUUAUUGAUACAACCACUGAUACGAAGGUAUUUCAUGGACAUGAAGAAAUAGAAAAACUGAAACAGCAACUUCAGACAUUGCGAGAAGAACUAACAGUUAAGAAGCAAGUGGCGAAAGAAGCUCAGUUGGCUUUGUGGAAGAAAGAAAAAGAACUAUCAGAUGCUAAUUUAGAUAAACGUAUAGCAGUGAGGGAAGCUAAACGGGCCGAGGAUAAAAUAAAGAUGCUGCAGGAAGAGAAACAAAAGUUACAUGAGAGAUUAAGCGGUAAAGCAAAAGAGGAAGAGGAAAAUUCUAAGAAACUGUUGAAAGAAUUAAAUAUCGCAAAGACAUCAUUGAAUGAUAUUACAAAAGAAGCAUCUAGGAAUAAACUGCAGGCCGAUUCAGCACAAAGGGCUUUGACCCAAGCUAAUCAUCAAAUCGAGGAAUUACAAUCUUCUAGCGCAUCACUACGUAGAGAAUUGGAUGCGGCUCGAAAGCAAGUACGAUCAAGUCAGGAACGUCUUGAUACUCUAAACGCCGAGAACAGACGUUUGACACAGACAGUCGCUAGGCAUAAUGAAGAAAAGACUGACCUUGAGUCCAAAGUGGCAAAAUUAGAACAGGAUAUCAAGGGCUACGAACUGAAUAUUGAGUUGCUAAAAGAAACCUGCACAGUCUUAGAGGAGCAGUUAACAGAUUACGAGAGAUUGACAAGCGACCACGAAACGCGUGAGAAUAUGUUGGUCCAGGAUAAAAUGAAGCUGCAGAAAGACUUGGAGGCUGCCGAGACAAAGGUACGCGAGGCGCAUAUUGCGCAGAACGAAGAGAAAACGCGAAGAAAAUUAGCCGAAAGUAACAUCAAACAGUUGGAAUCCGAGACGAGUGACAUAGAAAGCGAGAGAAAUAGUCUUGUCGUUCAAAGGAACCAGUAUAAAAAACUCGCUCAGGAACUUACUAUACAAGUAGAAGAAUUGAGUAUGAAGUGCGGCGAAAUGGAGUGCGAUCUCUCGGAAAUGAGUCGCGCUCUAGAAGCCGUUAAAGGAGAAUCGAGAAACGUGAAAGAGGAGAGCAGCGAAUACUUGACGAGAUUGCACGAAUUGAAAGAAGCAAAUUUCGGGCUUAUGGCCGACUUGCAGACCAGUAUAGAUCAAGGUCAAAAACUGAGGUUGGAAAUAGCAGAGAUUGAAAACGCCUCGAAAGAGAUGGAACAAUUGUUUCGGGAGAGAGAGGUGAAGGCCGAGACCACUCUGCAGCAACAAAACAAGCUGAUUAAUCACCUGCAAUUGGAAUUGGAGAAAUAUAGUAAGAAGAAGAAGACUGUGUGCGACAAAAUACUUGGUGUGAAGCAGAAGGAGAACAUGCCGCCUGUGGGUAUAGGCAUGCCUGUAGGAUAUCGUGAAUUGGAGAAUCAACUCGCGAAUGAACAGGCGAAGGUGAAGAUGUUGACGGAGCAGGUGUUGAUCCUGAAGAGAGAAUUGUCUAGAGUUACCUCCGCACCUAUGUCUGUAUCUGCACCCACGUCCCCGACGACACCAGAACGCGAAGGCAAAAGAGCGAGGGGUGUCAUGGAGACCAGCAGCUCGUUACUUAGACAAUUGUCUCCACAAAGGAUAGGACACAAUAUUCCGCAUAGAUUUAACGUCGGAUUGCCUAUGCGUGCCGGAAAAUGCGCCGCGUGUCCAAAGGCUAUACAGUUCGGAAGACGUGCGGCGACCUGCAGCGAGUGUCAAAUCAUGACACACCUGGAGUGCACGGUAUCUGUACCUGCCAGUUGUGGUUUACCAAAUAGUUUCCCUAAAUACUAUCAUGGAGAUAGCGAUGAGAGCUUAUCGUCGAUCGGAGAUAGCGUCCAGACUUUGGCGAUAGAUCAACCGGACAAACUAGAUACGGAUCUACAAAGUACUCCUUGCAAAGAAAACGAAGUUUCCAUGGAAGGAUGGGUAAAAGUUCCUGGUAGAUCCAAGUCCUGCUGGGAGAGAAAGUACCUGAAGUUGGAAGGAUCGUGUCUGUGCGUUUACGAGCAUCAGCCGCGCGCGGGAAUGGCACCGAUCAGUCGUUUAAAUUUGAUAGAGAAUAAUGGCUUUAAUGUUUCCGAAAUGGUACCGCAACCUGAUGUCUUAGGAACGGCAAAAUCCGACAUCCCAUUUAUCUUUAGAGUAGAAUCGAAUUCUGCAACGACUUGCUGGCCUUCAUCUAGAUUGGACAUUAUGGCGCUGAGUCAGGCUGACAAGAGGAACUGGCUUAAAACUUUAAAAACCAUUACUAUUCAAAGUUUAUGUCCUAUGCCAAAAUGUAAAAAAUAUGAAACUGUACUCAGAUUAGAAAGACAUCAUUUGGAUUUAAACUGUGUUGUGGAUCUAGGCGUAGAAAAUGUGCUUUUGCUAGGUGCGAAGGAAGGCCUGUUUUCGUAUUGCGCAUCCAAAUCUCAAACGCUCACUACGAUACGCGGUGUCAAGCAGAUACACCAGCUCUCUUUACAUUCCCAUUUAGAUCUGGCUUUAAUGAUAGCCGGUGAAUACAGGGAAUUAGUACACUGUAACUUGAGGCUACUGAAGAAUAAUGCGUUGGCCGCCGAUUGUUCUAGACCAGCAAUCAGUACAAAGAGCGUAUUACCUGUAUCUGAUAGUUGCCAUCUUUACCAAUUGCAAGGCGAUAUACUAUGCGCCGCAACCGCAUCUCAUGUGAUAUUAUUGAAAUGGAGAAUCGGAGAAGAUUCCGGGGAAUUUGUCAGGUUUCGUGAGUUUGAUACGCAGGAGCCUUGCAGUUGUGCCAUAUUUACUGCAAAUCUCCUUAUUGUAGGUUGUCAAAAAUUUAUGCAGAUCGAUCUGCGAACUUAUGUUGUAAACGAGUUUCCAGACGAGGACAAUAGCUCCAUUAAAGCGGCAAUAUCGGGCGCAGCUAAACUUGACAUAUUUCCUGUGUGUAUUCUCAAUCUUUCCAAUACACACGGCACGGCGGAGCUUUUACUGUGUUACAAUGAAUUUGGUGUAUUUGUGGACGAAAAUGGUAGAAGGACUCGCGCUGUUGAUCCAGUGUGGAAUCAUUUACCAUUCGCUUUUGCAUUCUGCAAACCGUACUUAUUCAUUAUUCAUUUCAUGUCUGUUGAGAUUGUGAAACUCGACGCGGAAGCAUACAAUUCUUCCGAAAAGAAUCCUGAACGUACCUUAAUUGAAUUACCUAGUCCGCGUUAUUUAGGCACAACUGGUUCAAAAGGGAUUUAUGUGGCUACUAUUAAUUCUUACUUUGAAUUACUGAAGAUAAAUGGUUUUGUCAGUAUGCCAACACUGACCGGAAGUUUAACAAGUCUCGACACAUUGGGACAAGAGGACGAAAGUAGCUCAGAAUUUAGUUUUACGUCAAGCUUAAUGGAGACUUUAGACGGACAGGGAAAAAAAGUACAUUUUGCUGGAGUGCAUAAAUAUUAAAAUAGGUACACAAACAUUUAAUUUAAUCUUAACAUUGUUUCUUGGCUAUAUUUAUUUGUUUAUAUCUGAAGAAAUACGACGUGUGUAGAGCAAAUAAGUUUAAAACGGAAUAAUAUCUGAUUUAUAAUCAGUUAUCGUACUUCUUUAAUAGAACUUGAACGUUUCAUUAAAAUAAAAGACACAUAAGUUAUAUAUUUAAUAAAGAUCUCAGAUGCUUGCCAUAUUAUUAACCCUCUGAUCGUUGUCUUUUUUUUGUACGUUCAAUCCUGCCUACAUUAAUCUAUUUAUUCAUAAACUUUUUGAGACGUUUAUAAUUGAAUUAAUUGAAUAUACCGAACAGAACGCUUUAUAAAUAUUGUGUUGAAUUAGUAAAAUUGAAUAAAUUUAGUGUGUCAUGAGUAAUCAGAGGUCAUGAGUAAUUCAGAAAGAUAAAAAGAUCAAAUAGCACACGGUACUUAUUCAUGGAAUUCUAAAUUUAAAAAAAAUGUUUGUAGGUAACAUUAAGCUUUAUGUUUCUCUCAAAGUACAAUCGCGGCAAAUAUAUAAGAAUAUUUUUUAUCUAUAAAUAAAAAGAGUAAGAAUAAUAAUACUUAGAUAAUUAUAUUAUGUAAAUUAAUACGACAACGACAUAGAAUAUCAUAAUAUAUUCUUUAUAUAUCAAAAGAAAAACUUUUGUAUUUUUAUAACUUAGUUUAAAAUGAAAUGUAAGGACAAAUAAAAAUAUCUUACAGUACAUUGUGCAGUUUAUGUCACUACUAUCUGUUUUUAGUACUUCCACGCUAUUUCCGAAAAAAAGUUGCGUGUAAUAUUAACGCUUAGAAGUAUUUUUCUUUUGCUUCUGUUUCUUUUUAUCGUUACUUUCCUCUCAUUAAAACAACAUGUCACAGUCUGAAAAAAUAUUUUACCGAACGUUCUAGAAGUCAAUCGUAAAGUUGUGUGUACUUGUGUAACAUUACAGCACAUUGUGUUACGACGUACAUAACUAGUAGGAGACGUUAAUGAAGGUAUAUUAUGCAUUCCGAUGCGAUAUCCGGCCACCCUUGACUUCUGUGCCUCUACAAUACCGAAUAUUCAUUA